ACGACACAGAGAGGAGGAGGAAUAUCCUCGAUGUGCGUUAUCCACAACAAAAAUGGCGAGGAUUAUGUUUGGUUUUAUUUUAGCACUUUAGACACCUUUAUACGCUUUACACUUUAUAACCUAAUCCGGUUACUUGUUAACGUGUAGUCGGACAGUAGCCUAUACUCGCUCCCAAUGUAAAUAUGAUCCGUGGUCUUGUGUGCGGAGAUGAAACGACUGCAGAUUUUUAUAUCUUUAUUUAAACUACUACGUCUAUAUAAAUAAUAAUAGUAUUUGUAUAUUCUAUUUUAAACCCGUAUAAACCCCUUCUUCCCACCGCAGUGAGCAGAGCUUCGGCGAAACUGAAACGGCUCAAAGUCCUUUAACCUGUUGAUAGUUUGAGGACUGGUUGAAGUUCAGCUCUGCGCGUUUCUGGGUUUAACCUUUCCCUCACAUUAAAUUAUGCUUUGUCACCGCUACUACAGCGGGAUAAAGCCGUAAAGCGUUACGGUUUAUAAUGUGUAUAUUCUGUAUAUUCGUCGGAGUUUCAGUGGAAGCAGAUGCUCUUAAUUUACCCGUUUAAGGAACAGAUCGUGCGGAAGGAGAACUGUCGGGGAGUAAAAGCCCAAAACUGAGAUCUGAUACAGUGAUUUGAAUCAUGGAGCCGGCUGCGAAGCAGAAAGUGAUUUACAUCACCUACCUCAUCGCAGCUCUGGACAUCACCUGGCUCUUCCUCCAGUUCUCCAUAACACCGUAUUUGGCGAGGAGGCUCGGGUUCGAUACUAUUUGGUUCGGGUAUCUGCAGACCACAGUUGGAGUGAUUCAGCUGCUUGGAGGCCCUAUUUAUGGAAGGUUUGCAGAUGUGUUUGGAGCACGUGCAGCUCUCUCUGUGUCUUGCUUGGCAUCAGUGGUUUAUUUUCUACUGUUGGCGGUGGCAGACAACACUUUUAUGCUUUUCGUGCAUAAACUACCUGCUGUUUUUAUGCACGCACUGCCAGGAGCUCAAAUGGUGGUAGCAGAUCUGUCAGAGAAUGAGAAGCGAGCAGAUGCUCUUGGGAAACUUGGCCUCUGCUUUGGCAUUGGCAUGAUCGCAGGAUCAUCACUGGGUGGGACCCUCAGCACACGCUUUGGGGAAAAGUUUGCAGCAUCUUUUGCAGCUGUCGGAAGUUUUGUUUCUUUGCUGUUGGUGUUGAACUUCAUCCCUAAACAGACCAAAAUACACACCGUGCCGGAGAGUAACAAGAAGGGAUCAUCAAAUUCCGUGUUUAAUCUGGGGGAGAUCACAAGACUGAUGAAAUUUCCAGGUGUUGCAAAGACUUUCACAGUGAAGAUUAUUUCUGGAUUGCCAGCAGGUAUAUUUCAAGUUAUGUUCUCCAUCAUUGCCAUAAACUUCUUCCAACUGAAGGCAGAGCAGAAUGGCUAUCUGAUGGCUUACUUUGGCAUAGUACAAAUGGUGAUCCAAGGUGCUGUAAUUGGGCGUCUUACGUCUAGAUUUUCAGAGUCUUCUUUAAUGCUGCUCUCUGUUGGGAUAUCCAGUUUAGUGGGCCUUGCACAGGCUAUGAUGACCAACGUGUUUCAUUUUUGUUUAAUCGUGAUACCAAUGAUGUUUUCUCUAAGUGUCUUCAAUGUCAUCACAGACAGCAUGUUGACCAAGAGUGUGUCUCCAUCUGACACAGGAACCAUGCUGGGUCUGUGUGCUUCGGUGCAGUCUCUUUUACGAACUGUUGGCCCAACCAUCGGAGGAUUCCUCUAUGAAGCAUAUGGUGUGCCAUCUUUCGGAUACAUCCAGUGUAUCAUUAAUGCUGCUGUCUUUAGCUUUCUGCUAACCACUGGAGGGCGCUCACAGCCAAACAGGCCAUAGAAAUUGUGAAAGGUGUUGUUUAUGAUUGUCCUGUUCAUGGCCACAUUGUGUGAGAGAGGGCAGUUUACAACAAACCAUGGGCAUUUAACUUACCUCCUCACACACUGGGGAAGGACUUGGUCACAAAUAACCCAGAUGAUCUCUUUUGUUAAUACCACAGACAUUCAAAAUAUCGUAUGUUACUGUCAAAUUACUCCACUUUAUUUCACAAGUUAGCUCAGGAUCGUUUUUAUGAAGUUCCUUAUCUUAAAAAGGAGCUGGCAUGUAAAUGUCUAGGUCAGUACAAAGAAAGAAGUGCAGUAUGCUUUUAUCUGUGUGGCAUUAUAGUCUAGUUUUAACAAUCCCAUAUUAUACAGUAAUUAUUCAUUAUAAUGAUGUUGCAGUUGUAAGAUGUCAUGAAAAAGAACAAAAUUAAAAAUCCAUAAGUUUGUAUCUGAAA